AUGGCUGCGGAUGGACCGAAACCUGGCUUCCUGGGCAACAUCAACCAGGACCAGGAAGUCAAGCUUCAAAAGCUAUGGUCAGUGCUGCUGAAGGCAGCCGAUCUGCCCUCGGGUGACGAAUCGCCCAGGGGCUGCGCCGAAGAGCCCGCUAGCCCGUCUCAGCCUCAGCGACGACAUUCCCUGCUCAGUCGCACCCAAAGCAAUGUCUCUGAAAUGACCACUGCCAGUGUGGCCAAAUCACCGCACCAGCAGAAGCUCAUUGCGCAACUAAAACAGAUCGGCAUCGGCGCCCAGGACACCAGAACGAUCCAGAAAGCCCUGUCGGCAAUUAGCCCCCCCGAGCUUCGCACGGGCGUCAUGAACUUGCUCAAGCAUGAUCACCCCGAUGCCAUGUUGCUCCGAUUUCUUCGCGCCCGCAAAUGGGAUGUUUCCAAAGCCUUUGCGAUGAUGAUGGAAGCGAUUGUUUGGCGAGUCAAGGAGAUGCACGUAGACGAUGACGUGAUGGCCAAGGGCGAGCUUCAUGCAUUGCAGCAAGAGAGAAACAGUGCCAAUGUGGGCGAGCAGAAGGCUGGGAAAGAUUUUCUCGCACAGAUGCGCAUGGGAAAAGCCUAUGUUCAUGGAACAGACAAGCUGGGCCGACCAAUCGUGGUGAUCAAGGUUCGCCUGCACAAACCGGGAGCUCAAAGCGAGGAAACACUCGAGAGGUACAUUGUCCAUGUCAUCGAGUCUGUUAGACUAACCCUUUCUCCUCCUGUUGAGACUGCUGCGGUGGUAUUCGACAUGACUGGAUUCGGACUCUCCAACAUGGAAUACCCACCCGUGAAGUUUAUUCUCAAGUGUUUCGAAGCCAACUACCCAGAAUCUCUAGGUGUCCUGUUGAUCCAUAAUGCUCCUUGGGUAUUUUCAGGCAUUUGGCGAAUCAUUCGAGGCUGGAUGGACCCUGAUAUCGCUGCAAAAGUGAAUUUUACAAACAGCACGGACGAUCUUGCUAAGUUCAUCUCUCGGGACCAGCUUGUUGAGGAGCUUGGUGGCUCUGAGAAAUGGGAAUACGAGUAUAUGGAGCCACAAGAGAAUGAGAACCACAAAAUGGAGGAUACUACCACCCGGGAUGCGCUGACUCGCGAACGUCAGCAAAUCGGCGAGGAGUUCCUGGCAGCUACGUCGGAAUGGAUUCAAGCGGCCAACGCAAAGGAUAAGGCUAAAAUUCAAACCGCGGAGAGCCAACGAGCAUACCUGGCAGAGCGACUCCGAGUCAAUCACUGGAAACUUGAUCCAUAUACCCGGGCCCGUCUCUGUCUUGACCGGAUGCGAGUCAUUCAGGAGGGCGGGAAAAUCGAUUUCUAUCCGAAGAAUGAAGAGAUUAUGGAGAUCAUGCCCCACGAGACAACCAAGGCAUCGGAAGUUGAAUAUUUAGAAGCCGUGAAUGGUAACGCGGCACAGACAGCUGUUGCAUAG